GUGAAGCAGCAUGCUUGCAGACCGCAGUCCAGUGGUGCAGGCUCUGCUGGGGACACUCUUCACCUGGGGCCUCACAGCUGCAGGAGCUGCUCUUGUCUUCAUAUUCUCCAGCACACAGGUAUCCAGUUCUGAGCCCACAAUCGAGCCCGCCUUCCUCACCAGCUUGUCCAGAUGUGAGGUCGUCCUACUUCUUGAUGCUGCCUCCCCAGCACACUGCCGCAUAGAAGAGGGCACUUGCCACAACAGUCUGAUAGAACAUCUGGAGCAGAUUUUGAAGGACGCCAGCCUUCUAAGGAAGUACAGCCGGCUCUGCACAGAGCAUCCGUGUUAGCAGUCCAGUCCAUUCCCUCAUCCAGCUGUACUCCAAGAAGCACAUCUUGGAUGGAAGCCUGGGCUUUGCAGCAGGGGUGAUGUUGGCGGCCUCAUACUGGUCCCUACUGGCCCCUGCUAUUGAAAUGGCAGAAGAAUCUGGGAAAUAUGGGGCAUUUGCAUUCUUCCCUGUUGCUAUUGGUUUUGUCCUGGGAGCAGCAUUUGUUUAUUUUGCCGAUCUGAUGAUGCCAUUUUUGGGUGUUGAGACAGACCCGCAUUUGGCUUUGACCUGGUCUUCUGAUGCCAAACCUGCAAAAGCGAAAGUGGAGGACCCUGUAACCCCAGGCACAACUGAGGAGCUGUCCAUCAGGAUAGGUAGAGGAGGAACUCAUUUAGAUAAAAUAGAGAAUGGAGAUGUUCACCACAGAAGGAAAGCAACCCACUCUGGUCAAGUAGCAGAAGAGAAGGAAGUGGGUGCUAGACCACAGGAAGUAAUUUGUACAUCAGCAAGCAGCUGGAGACGGAUAGUGUUGUUAAUCCUGGCUAUAACCAUACACAACAUUCCUGAGGGCUUGGCUGUCGGGGUUGGAUUUGGAGCUGCUGGAAAAACCUCCUCUGCUACAUUUGAGAGUGCCAGAAACCUGGCUAUAGGCAUAGGCAUUCAGAAUUUCCCAGAAGGCCUUGCAGUGAGUCUGCCGCUGAAAGGCUCUGGAGUCUCUACAUGGCGAGCCUUCUGGUACGGGCAGCUCAGUGGGAUGGUGGAGCCGGUGGCAGGGUUGCUAGGUGCGGUUUCCGUGGUGCUGGCUGAGCCACUGCUACCCUAUGCACUGGCCUUUGCUGCAGGGGCCAUGGUUUAUGUUGUUGUUGAUGACAUCAUUCCUGAAGCUCAAGUCAGUGGCAAUGGGAAGUUGGCUUCCUGGACCUCCAUACUUGGCUUUAUUGUGAUGAUGUCACUGGAUGUCGGCCUAGGAUAAAGAGUUUUUUUUUUUUUUACUAAAAA